UAAGAUUAUAGUCCUAACUUUUACAUUUCUCUGGGUUUUACCUCAUCUUCAUCCCACCAACUAAAAUUCCAUUGUUGAUUCUGUUUUCAAGAUUCAAAUUCACUCUUAAAACCCAAAUGAUUCCCAGAAACAACCAACCAACAUUAAUUUGGAAGGACAUUCCGGGUCUUGAACCCCUAAAACACGAAGAAAAUGACCUCCUACGGCGUAGAUGCGGUGGUAGUGGUGGCCCUGUUCGUUCAUUUGGCAUUGAUUGUUUCGCUUCCGUUUCAAUGACAGAGAAGAAUAGAGUUGCAGCAACGAUUGAAUUCACACCCAAGGCAGCGCAGCUCAUGAAACACCCGCUUGCUAUUGUGGCUUUGGUGCCUAAAGAAGCUGCCGUGUUCGCCGCCGGUGCAGUCGCCGGUGCCGCCGCGAAGACCGUUACUGCACCCCUUGACCGGAUUAAACUCAUCAUGCAGACUCAUGGGCUGAGAGCUGGGCAAGAAACUGCAAAGAAAACAAUCGGAUUCAUAGAGGCAGUUGUUUCCAUAGGAAACCAAGAAGGUGUAAAAGGCUACUGGAAGGGUAACCUUGCUCAGGUGCUACGUAUCCUCCCCUAUAGUGCAGUGCAACUAUUUGCUUAUGAGUAUUACAAGAAACUUUAUAGGGGGAAAGAUGGUGAGCUUUCUGUUAUUGGGAGAUUAGCUGCAGGUGCUUCUGCUGGAAUGACUUCCACUUUUGUGACAUAUCCAUUAGAUGUCCUUCGAUUACGAAUGGCAGUUGAUCCCGGGUAUCAAACAAUCACAAAUGUUGUUGUAAGGAUGCUAAAAGAGGAAGGAAUCGGAUCUUUCUACAGAGGACUUGUCCCUUCUCUCAUUGGAAUAGCCCCUUAUGUUGCAGUCAACUUUUGCGUGUUUGACUUGGUGAAAAAGUCUUUGCCAGAAAAGUUCAAAAACAAAACUGAAGCAUCACUAGUGACAGCUUUUGUAGCAGCUACCAUAGCCACUGUUACAUGCUACCCUUUGGAUACUAUAAGAAGACAAAUGCAAAUGAGGGGUACUCCUUAUAAGACAGUUUUGGAGGCUUUUCCAGGUAUUAUUGCUCGUGAUGGUGUUGCUGGAUUAUAUAGAGGUUUUGUGCCAAAUGCAUUAAAAACGUUACCAAACAGCAGCAUUAGGCUCACAACUUUCGAUGCUUUGAAACGGUUGAUUGCAGCAAGUGAGAAAGAGUACCAAAGAAUCUUGGAGGAAAAUAGUAAUGAACAAAAGCAAGGUUCAUGUAGUUCCACAAGUUGAGUUAUUUAUUUAAUUUGUUGUAAAUCUUUUGGUCAUUAUAAUAUAUAUAUAUAUAUAUAUAUGUUGUAUGCGUCUUAAUCUAUAGACAUUAAUAUGGAACCAAAAGCAACUUUGUCAUGUGUAAUGCCUCUUUCUUAUUCAUGUGAUGUU